AGCGACUUCUAAUUUUUUCACCAAGGGUGUAAGACAAUUGAUUUUGUAUACAGGCUGGUAUUUGUUCUAUUGCCGAAGGGCAAAGUAGGCGGCACUCAAAAGACUUAACAAUUUUUUCCCUCUGGCAAACCUCACAUGAAGUCAUCUUGACGAAUAACAACAAAGAGAAUAUCUUUAAGGACUUUGAAAGAAUGAUUUUUAAAGGGUGAUUUGCCUCAGUUUAGCGAGCGGGAAACGAAGACUCGCGAGUCAAAGGAAAACAUACAUCAUCACCUCCCAAUUUUAGUUUGUUUGAUGCUUCAAUUGUCUCCGAGUGUCACCAAUUCACAGUAAUUAAACUAAUUAGGCCUGCUGCUCUUAUCGCAGUGCCAGAAAUUGACCAACACAAGCCUUGAUUGGUUUACGUUAAUUGCCUAAGCAAACUUCAAAGGGAAGAGCCGCCGGCGUCCAUCCCAUAAGACGUUGCAGGCCCCACCAGCUUCCCUCGUGAAAAUUGAUGAGGGAGUUUCUAGCUGGUUGCGUUCGGUUGGUGUUCUCCUAUUACAGUUUAGCAUUUUCCACUUUCCUCUUACAGGUUGAACGCACUGUAUAUAGCAUCUUCGGGUACGAGCUCCAUAGAUCGACGCCAUGUAAGACGAGUCCCCCAGUUGAAGCGCGAGUUUUGAUUGCAAGCGGUGAAUGGUGAAUUAAGAUAAGUUCCGUAGUGUAUGAUUUCCAUCAAAUACUUUUUUUGAGUGCAGGGAAUUUUGUAUGAGCUAACUGCCAAGGAGAACUAGCCUGGACAUCAAAUGUUUCAGAUUUGCAGCCCAAGAUAUUUCCCUGCCAUGCGAUCCAAGGGGAUGGCAACGGAUCAGGUACAGGCGGAGUCGAGUGGUGUCCUGGAGACAAUACCUGCAAAAAGGGCUAGGCAAGAGAACAGCGACAAUGAAAAAGAAAGCAGUGACGAGUCCAGUCAAGGUGGAUCUCCUGUUCAUCACCCCGUCAAUGGUGCCACACGAGAUGGUAAGACAGUGAUCACAGGUCAGGACGCAGAAAAAAAUGAUCCGUCAUGGGACGUGGGCACAGUAGGUGAAUCUGCUAUUGCUGUCACUAGUGCUGAUCUUGGUGUUGGAGGACCUAAUGUUGUCGCACCAGUAUCCACGGCAACACUAAGCUAUCCUUCGUCUGAUGGUUCUACCACCAUGACAAACUUGGAUGGUUGCAGCUUUGGGAAUCAGGCGGCAAUCGCAUCUGGGGUAACGGACAGCUCUGGACAGUACCAACAGCUGUCGGGACAAUACACUGCGAAUACUGCUGGCUAUUAUGGCCAGCGGCCAUAUCCUCAUAUUGUUCCUGCUCCACAACCUGGGAUGCAGCAAUAUAAGACAACGGGAGGUGUUAUACAAGGAACAGGAAUAACACAGGUCGCAGGGUACGUAUAUCCCCAGGCAGCGUCCCAAGGUGGAUACCCCAUGGUACAGACUGUAAGGUACCCAGCGGUGAACGCAUCAGGUAAGACUGCAGCUGAUUCUCGGAAUGUUUCUCAAGGAAAAGCCCAUGGAGGUAAUAUCCCUGAUAUAUCAACUCUUCGACAACCAGCAGGGUCGUAUGGUAAUCCUUACGGAACUGUCACGUAUCCUGCCAUUAUUCAGUCUGGCCAGACAGUGUAUAGUAAUCCAUAUCAAGCACCCUAUGGGACAGCUUACGUAGCAUCAACAGGAACGCCGACAUCUAGCACCACAGCUUAUACUGUUCAACAGUCUGAUCAAGGUUCUUUUCAAUAUGGAUAUACUACAAGUAAUCCACAGACUUACCCAUAUAACUACCUCAACACUCCACCGCCAGCAUAUUCACCUUCACAGUACAUUGGGCAGAUGAACAAUACACCGCCCCCUAAUGCUGUAGCUGGGCCAACCAGCAGUUAUCAACUCACUCAGCUUGUUACCGGGCAGGCAAAUCAAGGUGUGACAACCAAUGGAGAAAGAACGCACACUGCGAGUACAGGUAAUGCCACUAUUCAGUAUUCACCGAACCUACCAUCCUCCCCAAGUCCUCCUCACUCACCCGGCACAGGAACAGACACCCCCCUGAACAGUGUCACUAUGGUGUCUGCAAAUGUUGGAAUGCCUGGACAGGACGGAGUGCAGGUCCUUGUUGAUUCAGGGGGGACAACACCAGGAAUGUUAGUCCAAGGAGCAAACAGAGGGCGUGGCCGAGGGGGGAGAGGUGGAAGGGGACGGGGUGGUGGCAGAGGAAGAAGAUCAACUUCUGGACCUCCACCUGAGAUCGACCAUAACAUUGAGCGGAUCUUUAUAUGGGAUCUGGAUGAAACUAUUAUUAUUUUCCAUUCACUUUUAACGGGAACUUUUGCUUCAAAGUUUGGCAAGGAUGCUCCAAACUCAGUGUCAUUAGGACUUCGCAUGGAGGAAAUGAUUUUCAAUUUAGCAGAUACACAUUUAUUUUUUAAUGAUUUAGAGGACUGUGAUCAAGUGCACAUUGAUGAUGUUGCUGCUGAUGACAAUGGACUAGAUUUAAGAACAUCUUUGCCUGUGUGCAGUACCUACAAUUUUGAGGGAGACGGAUUUCAUGCUGCUGCUACAUCAGCCAACCUGUGUCUGGCCACUGGUGUCCGCGGCGGAGUAGAUUGGAUGAGGAAACUAGCAUACAGAUACAGACGAAUCAAGGAGAUCUACAACAGCUACAGGAAUAAUGUAGGAGGUCUUCUUGGUCCAGCUAAAAGGGAAACAUGGCUACAGCUGCGUAUGGAAUUAGAAGCAACCACAGACUCAUGGCUGACUCUUGCCUUAAAAGCGUUAACACUCAUUCACUCCAGGUCAAACUGUUUAAAUGUUAUGGUGACAACCACACAGCUUGUUCCUGCACUUGCAAAGUGUCUUCUGUAUGGACUUGGUGGGAUUUUUCCACUGGAAAAUAUUUAUAGUGCUACUAAAGUUGGAAAGGAAACCUGCUUUGAGAGAAUCUCAAAUCGAUUUGGAAAGAAAUGUACAUAUGUAGUUGUAGGAGAUGGAAGAGACGAAGAAAUGGCAAGCAAGCAGAUGGGAUUUCCUUUCUGGCGGAUUGGCACCCACACAGAUUUAAUAAACCUUCACCAUGCAUUAGAUUUGGGACAUCUCUAGAGGAUUUAAUAAUUAUCAAAGACUUGUUAUAUCAUAACUUAGAGUUAUUCUCCAUUUAAGGGAAAUAGGGGAGGAAUGAACCACAAAUGUCACAGAGAUACAAGAUGACAAUGCCAUGUAUUGAAAAUACAUAUUGUGUGGGAGGGUAGGUCGGAGGUCCAAAUUUUACGUCUGUGAAUUCUAUCUCUUUAUGCAACCAAUAACCUAAAGUGGAAGUUUAUUUAGAGAUUGAGUUCUUGUUUUCUUACAAAACUAAUAUUCGUUUUUAAGCCCUUUUACCCCUAAGAGUCCUGAAAUUUAAAAUUAGGGAAAAAAAUCUCAAAUGUCAUUUUGCUCAAUAGCAAAAGAUAAAGAACACCGCAUAAACGUGCUGCUUGAUAACAUUCAUCCAAAUGGUAGUACUAGUGAUUCAUCCACAGACUUGGAAAUUAGAACCAAUUUGUACAGCAUAAGAAAUUUCUACUCGAUAGCUUUGAAAUAUUGGAACUGUGUCAAUUUACGUAGUCUCUGUCUCUUGGGGUAAAAAGGUUAAGGAUAUGGUUGGUGCUAGAACGUGUAACUUAAAAGCAAAAUUUUUGUGUCGUACUUGCAGUCUUGCCAUGGCCAGGGAGGGAUGAUCACAUGCAUUUAUAUAACUAUAUUAUAAAGCAGAAUAUCUGUACAGCUUUUGUAACGUAGAGGCCGGACAAUUUGUAAGGUUUUGUUUCAUUAAGUGUCAAUCAUUCUUUCUUAGUCGCUGGCUUAUUGGUCUCUUUCGUAGCCAUUACAUGGGUUGUCACGCAAUGUUUGUUACGCCGUUACUGUCACGCAACGUCUCACCUAGAGAAUCGCCUCGAGGCGACCCAAAUAAAGGUUUCGCAGGAGACUAGCUUCGUAGAACGUGACGAGAGUCUGGUUUUUAGCCGAGAAAAGAAAUGUUUUGUUAUGCCAUUGUGAUCUGGCCGUUGAUUUUUCUAGUUUGUUUUUGCGCAUGCGCCUAAAGAGUUAAUGUUAGAGAAGAAAUGAACAUUCUCGUCCCCAGAGGCCGCGCUCCUUUUGGUCAGCACCAAGAAUCGCGACCUCUGGCCGGAUCCAACACCGGAAGUCCGCGAUUCACGGAUUUCCCGUCACUGCGCAUGCUCAGGGUCAAGUCUGGCAAAUCUGAUUGGUUCCAGUCUCAUUCUAUUGUGUUUGCAAAGCCAAUCAGAAACGGAACCUCACUUGACCUAUCCAGAGGUCGUGAUUCUUGGUGCUGACCAAAAGGAGCGCGACCUCUGGGGACGAGAAUGAGAAUUGAAAGAAAAUAAUGUGAAAAUUCCCUCUUCAGAAUGGUCAAAUUAUUACAUAUUAUAUAUUGAAUUUUAUAUAUAAAUUCAUCUGUAUAUUGUCAAAUUGGAAUUCAGAGUAUCAGUCUAUGAAGUAUGUAACAUUUGGGAAUGCCAAUAAAACUAUCAAGUAUUCCUUUAUUGGAGUAACAUGAA